CACACCUAUCUCGCGUCUGACGUAAACCCGAUGUGCAUAUUUUACUGAAGAGAACCACAACAUCUUUAUUAUAACGUGUUUCGUCUCGAUUAGGGACGAUUGUGCGGUUUUUAGCAUGCAUUAGUCAAUUUUAUACUCGUUUUUCUUUUCUUAAGCUGAUCCAUUUGGUGUUUUACGCAGCGGAUGCAGUUGUUUUGAAUGCUCUUUAUCUCUCUGGCUCCUCGGCGCUGGCUCGGCUCGCUUCUCUCGUGUUUUUUGCGGUAGUUUUGGGUGAUUUUUGGUGAUUAUGGCGAUCAACAAGACGUAUUUGAGUAUUGGGUAUGCGUCCGUGGGUGCGCUCGUGGGGUUUUCUGCGUUUUUGGUUUGGAACAUUGCGUACAGCCAGCCGUGGACCGCAGCCAUGGGAGGGCUCUCAGGUGUGCUGGCCCUGUGGACUCUCAUCACUCACGUCAUGUACCUGCAGGACUUCUGGAGGACCUGGUUAAAAGGACUCAAAUUCUUCUUCUGCAUCGGAGCCGUGUUUUCCCUCAUCGCCGUCAUCGCUUUUAUCACCUUUCUCUCCAUCGCAAUCCACACCAAAGCAUGUGAGUAUCCUCUGCUCCAUCUCCUCUUCUCCUCUGUCCUUCUCCUCUGUCCUUCUCCUCUGACCCCUUCUCUGUCCUUCUCCUCUGACCCUCUCCUCUGUCCUUCUCCUCUGACCCCUUCUCUGUCCUUCUCC